UGUCCAGCGUAGAACCGCGGUAGCUAAAACAUGGCAUUUCUGAUGCGUCUGCACUGCAGCUGGUCCUGUGUGGACCAUGCGCGGUGCGACGAGGAGCAGCUUGUGUCGCUGGAAUCUCUGGAAGCUGCGGAGAGGGAAGCCCAACAAUGGCCAUCCUUUGCACAUCGGAUGGUUUAGGUCCAGAAAUGCAUCCACCGGCCAGGGACAGGUUGGCCAGGUUGGCCAGGUUGGCCAGGUCAGACAGGUUGGUCUGUGGGAACUUCUGGAGUACAAUGCCCACUGCUUUAAUCCACAUCGGAUGGCAUCUCUAUUGGCAUUGGUGUUGGAAGAGCCACGCCGGGAAGCUCGAUUGGACCCACGGCUACAUGCCUAUUUGCAGAAGGCCAUCGCAUCUUGCCACUUGUAUGAGAAUUUGAGGAUGAUUCCGGCCAAGGACAUAGCAGCAGCCGUGGUGUAUUGUCGCGAGGUCGGUCAUGCAGCAGCAGAAGACCUCUCGGAUGUGAUUGUGGAGACUGUUUCUUCGCACAUGGACAGGCUCGAUCUUCGCCGGGUGUCCUUCUUCAUUACAACUUUUGCCAAGCAGCAGAUCAAGGAUACGGUCUUCUGGAAGUCGGCUGCCAGAAGAGUUGUGAACUCUUCGGAACCCCUCACUCCAGAGGUGGUGGUGAGUGUACUUGAUGCCUUCCGAAAACGAGGGAUGAAGUCAGAGACGAUCUUCCAGGCACUCGCCCGUCGGGUCAUGGAAGUCCUCCAAAGCCUUGAACCGAAUCACAUCCCGCCGAUUGUGGCGACCCUUUGCCGCGUACCAAUGAAAGAAGAAGACCGGGAAGAAGUGAUUCGGGAACUGCUUGUGAAGUGGCUACGCAUGCUUGAACAGGAGAAGGAGCAUCCCACAGGGGCAGUCACGAUUCAACAGAUUCUGAGCUUAGCUGUGUCGCUUGGACUGUCACCCGACAUUGUCAAUACGGCAGUGUUUACGAAGGAGGUCUUUGAUUUCAUUGGCAACCGCUUCCAUCUCCUCAGAGCGGAGGAGUUGAUCGUUUUUCUGUGGGCCAUCCAACGCUUGGUGGUGCCAAAGUCUUCCACUGCGCACUUGGCUCGGGGUCUGAAGCAGGUGCAGAAACUCUGGAGCAUGUUGUCAGCAUCAUCAGAGUUGAGCUUGCAACGUUUGAUCCAGCUCUCAGAGGUCCUCACCUGUGUGAAGGAGGAGGCGAAGGGUUCCUUGCCACAUUGGACUGGCGAACUUGAAGAGCUACAAGAGUUGGUGAUUCAGGACCUGGCAGAGUCGGUGCAGUAUUGUCAGUCCGACACUUUGGCACAGAUCUUGGAAAUCUGGCACGGAUCGGAGGACUUCUGGAGCCAACACACGGAGUUUGCUGAAGCAAUUGCCAAAAGGAUUGAGGAGCUGCUUCUGGAAUUCACCGAUACCACGGAGAUUCUCCAGACCUUCCAGGCGGCGCUGUCAGCGCCAGGUUUGGUGAAGUGCCUGUCAGAGCGGGCUAUCGAGGUGCUCAACUCUGCGCUGAGUAGCCGUGGUGCGGAUGAUGUGGAACGUGUGCAGGCGGUUGUAGCAGGCACUCCUUGGGAGGUCUUGUGCAAAGGAACACCGGCGGUAGCCACAGCCUCAGAAGCACCUCCGGUCGAGGUCGCUGGAACUGGCACAGCUGGCACCGAGUUUCGGAGCCUACUGGGCUCUUGGAGAUCUCCCAGGACGGAUCUAGAGCUUGCUGAUUUCCUGAAAAAAGCUGUAGCAUCUUCCAGGGAAGCUGCAGAAGCCCUCGAAGCGGUUGAGGCAGCAGCACCCUUUGCGGAGAAACUGGCUGCAAAUGCAACAGCAGAGGUUUUGCAGUACUUGGAGCUUCUUUGCAAAAAGAUUGCUCUCUCGGCAAAUGAAUUGGAAACACGUGAGCUUGUGGCAGCCAUGCGUGCAUGUGCCGAAGCUGGUCUUCCAUAUGCUCCUCUCUGUUCUGCUGCGCUGGUUAGCUUGGGAACGAAUCUUACAGCAGCCCAGUCUGUGGAGGUCCUGGAGUCGUGCGCUGCACUCCGCUUGGAUAUUCCUCAGCUGCAGCCGUGGUUGGGAAUGCUGUUAGAGAAGGGCCUGGAUCGCCAGCUCUCAGCCAGCGGCUUGGCACGAAUGCUGGCAGCGGCUGGACGCCUUGGGGUGCAGGCGGAGCAAACAGCGCGUAUCCUCCACAGGAUUGUGACCGUGACUUCACCCAUCCGUCCCAUGCAAGCGGAGACGCUGGCAUCGCUGUGCCUGGGCCUCACUCUGCAGAGGUGGAUGCCAUCAGAGAACCAGUCGGAUUUUUGGCAGGUCACCUCGUGGCUGGCAACGUUGGACCAAGCAACUGUACGACCAAGUCAUGGCUUCAGCAUGCGGAAUUUCGCGCUCGGGUUGCUGAUCGAACCUGAAGGACGAGCUGCAAUCGAUGGUUUGAACCCUGACCUUCAAAAAGCCAUGGCACGACUCAUCCGAGGGACCGCAACUCACCGUCGGCCCGUUUCGGAUACCACGCUCAAGUUCCGCCACGAGGCUGCGGAAGUAUUGAGACGUGCUGGGCGGCCAUAUGACUUAGACAUCAGCCUAGGAGUGGGUUUCGUGGAUUUGGCAUUGCCAGGACCAGAUGGUGUCUUUUGGCUUCUGGAUGGCCCAGAGGCUUUUCGAAGACCCUUCCGGACUGAUUCCACAAGACCCAAGCUUGAGUUGGUUCCCAUGGAGACGUUCCGAUCGCAGCUCUUUCUGGCAGUGCUUAACAAAGGUGCUGUUGAAGCCAUGGAUGCUUCAUUGGAUGCGUGGGAAGGAGAAGCUCCCAGGAACGGCAAAGAGGUCUUGGGCAUUCCACACGACCUGGCUCGAAGCAAGAGAUUCCCGUGGUUGGAGGCUCAUGAGGUGAGGCUUGCCAGAUUGGAUUGGUUGGAAUGGGAACGAAUGCCUUCCCAAGCUCGUUUGGCUGCGUUGACCAAGCCACAUCCGCGCAUGCUGAAAUUUACGACGCGACGGGAUGGCAGGUGAUUGACUUGGCAAUUCAGUUGAAUUCCCGUCACUAUCCUGUUUUUUUGUUGGACAAUGCUGUGGUUUCUCCUCGUAGGAAGAGCCAUGGGAUUGGGUCCGACCUAAGAUCUGAGCAAUGGCGGGACUAAGGAAGUAGCCUGGCUGUGUGAUUGACGGAUUGCCGCCCUACGGAGGG